UCGCGCAGCUGUUGUGAGUUGUUGAUUGUUGUUGAUUUUGUGCAUGGAAAAGACAUACAAAUAUUUGUGCUUGUAGUAAAUAUUUAUUGCAAUUCUAUAUACAGUGUUGUUAAGUUAAUCUAAGUUUAUCGAUUUUUAUUUGUCAUAAUGCCAAGAAUUUACAAGCGAAAAGAAGGUGUGACACCGAGAAUCCCAACGUGGACAGAGGAGUCAAUAAGAAAAGCAGCAAAAGCUGUUGAAUCAAACACAAUGCGAUUAAAAGCAGCAGCUAAAGCCUUCGGUAUUCCUCCACGUACACUAGGUCGACGUAUAAAGAAGGCUGACUUCACAAUAAAUGGUCUAGGCAAAGGACCAGUUCUCGGAUUCGAAAACGAAAAGAAAUUAGCGAAUCUCGUAGAAACUCUUGAGAAAAUUGGAUUCCCUUGUUCUCGCAAGGAUAUACGGAGAAUGGCUUAUCAGUUGGCAACAAAAUUAAAUAUAAAACACAAUUUCGACGAUAAUUCAAAAAUGGCUGGAAAACAGUGGAUUCAAUCAUUUUUAGAAAGAAACAAACAUUUAAGCAUUAAAAAAAAUGAAAGAAUAUCUCUUGAUCGAGUAUUAGAAAUCAAUAAUCCGGAAAUAAAUGAAUUUUCUGAUUUAUUGGCAAUAAUUUUUGAGGAAAGUGAUCUGUACGAUAGACGUGAUCGUUUAUUUACGAUGAAUGAUAGUGAAACACAAAAAAAUGAUGAAAUUGAAGAAAUUGUUUGUGAAGUUGAUAAUCUUAUUGAAGAAGGGACAUCGAGUUCGAAGGAAGAAACUUAAUAAACUAUUUUUGUUUGCAAUAGUGCAGAAGAUUUUUUUUUGCUCUAAUUGUAUCAGUGAAAAGAGUUAACGGAUUGUUGGUGGAUCAUCUGCUGCUGUUGAAAAUAGAAAAUUUAUUGGCAGAUUUUUGAAACGAAUGGAAUAUUCUGAUGAACUUCACUGCCUGACGUGAAUAUCACCAAUUAAUUAACCAACUAAAAGAAGGUUUUUCUAUCAAGUAGCAGCCAUUUGUCAAGCAAGGGCGAUCGAGUUGCAAUACAAAUAAAAAUAAACUUCGAGAAAAACAUUGCACAAAGUCGAUUUUCUAGAAGACAAUUUUUUUUAUCAUUGUCAAUAUGGACGAAUGUUUUUUAUAUCUCGAAUAAAGUUAAUAUUCAAUUUUA